GUACCAUUGCGGAUCAUUCGACGCGCGCGCAUCUUUGAGCGCCGAAGCUGUAAAAACCAUCGCGAAAAUGGCCUGGGUUUGUCCAUAACACUUCGAACGGCUGAGGAGUCAUCGAAUCAGUAGAUCGUCAGCCUUGCUCCGGCGCAACAAUCAACUUUCUCGGGUGAUUCGGUGGUUUGCACACGUACACAAGAAAAAGGAAGAAAGUUCAAGCUAAGCUUGAUCGCACCCCCUUCGUAUUGUCUGGAUAUAAAUCUGUGUCACAGUAAAAAAAUCAUCAAUCACAAGUGAAAUAAAAGUUUAAAUAGAGGAGCUUUCACAACCAUCAAAAUGUCCACAGCCGUAAAAACAUCGAAAUAUUCCUACCGAUCGACAGGAGGCGGAAGUGCUGAUGUCAAUAUUGAAUAUAGUGCCGAUCUGAGUGCUCUCUCUCGCCUCGAGGAUAAAAUUCGCCUCCUCCAGGAUGAUUUGGAAUCGGAGAGAGAACUUCGUCAGAGGAUUGAACGUGAAAAGGCCGACCUCAGCGUUCAGGUGAUCGCCAUGUCUGAGCGUCUUGAGGAAGCUGAGGGUGGUGCCGAAAAUCAGUUUGAAAUGAAUCGCAAGCGCGAUGUUGAAAUGACUAAGCUGCGUAAAUUGCUCGAGGAUGUGCACCUGGAAUCCGAAGAGACGGCCCAUAUUCUCAAGAAGAAGCACCAGGAAGUCAUGGUUGACUUCCAGGAGCAACUUGACAUGCUGACAAAGACCAAAGUGAGGGCAGAGAAGGAGAAGGCCAAAUUCCAAGCUGAAGUCUACGAGCUCCUUGCGCAAGUUGAGUCAAUCAAUAAGGAAAAGUUCCUUUCGAUAAAGCAAGUGGAGAAGCUUGAGGUGCACGUUUCGGAGCUGAAUGUUCGCAUUGAGGAGCUCAAUCGCACUAUUUUGGACAUCACUGCCCACAAGACACGUCUGUCUUCUGAGAACAUCGAACUCGUCAAGGAGGUUCAGGACCUCAAGGUCAGCAUUGAGUCCGUCAUUUACUCCAAGUCGCAAGUUGUGACCCAACUCGAGGAUGCCCGUCGUCGUCUUGAGGAUGAGGAUCGUCGUCGCUCCACCCUUGAGGCAUCCCUCCAUCAGGUUGAGAUUGAGCUGGACAGCGUGAGGUUGCAGCUGGAGGAGGAAUCCGAAGCUCGUCUCGACUUGGAGCGUCAACUUGUGAAGAUGACCGGUGAGGCACAGCAAUGGCGUGCAAAGUACGAUGCUGAGGCCGCCGCUCGCGCCGAGGAGAUUGAGGAACUGCGCCGCAAGUACACCGCACGUAUUCAGGAGCAAGAGGAGCACAUUGAAUCCCUCCUUGUGAAGUUGAACAACCUCGAGAAGCAGAAGAGUCGCCUUCAGAGUGAAGUUGAGGUCCUCAUCAUCGACCUGGAGAAGUCCAACGCCACAGCUAGGGAGCUCCAGAAGCGCGUUGACACCCUCGAACGCACAACUGUUGAGCUGAAGUCACGUCUCGAUGAGACUGUCUCCCUGUACGAAGCUGCCCAGCGUGAAUUGCGCAACAAACAAGCCGACAUUCAGCGUCUCAAUCAUGAAUUGGACAAAGUCAAGGAGCAUAACAACACUCUCACCCGUGAGAACAAGAAACUCGGAGAUGAUCUUCAUGAUGCCCGUGGCACAAUUGCCGAAUACACUCGUCGUCUCCACGAAAUGGAGCUUGAAUUGCGUCGCCUUGAGAAUGAACGUGAUGAACUUACUGCUGCCUACAAGGAAGCUGAGGCUGGUCGCAAAGCUGAAGAGCAGCGCUCACAGCGUCUUGCAUCUGAAUUCAAUUCCUUCCGUCAUGAAGCUGAGCGUCGCCUUGCUGAGAAGGAUGAGGAAAUCGAAUCUAUUCGCAAGCAGACAGCUAUUGAGAUUGAGCAGCUCAAUGCUCGUGUCGUGGAAGCCGAAACGAAGCUGAAGACCGAAGUGCAGCGCAUCAAGAAGAAGCUCCAAAUUACCAUUACUGAGCUCGAAAUGUCCCUGGAUGUUGCCAAUAAGACCAACAUUGAUCUCCAGAAGACAAUUAAGAAGCAAUCGCUCCAGCUUACCGAACUCCAGGCCGGCUAUGAGGAGAUCCAACGUCAAUUGCAGCAAACAUUGGAUCAGUAUGCCGUUGCUCAGCGUCGUCUCACCUCACUCACGGGAGAACUCGAUGAAGUACGUGCCAACUAUGAGAUUGCCCUACGUGGAAAGCGCUCAGCUGAGGUUGCAUGCGAAGAAGCCGGCGUACGCAUCACCGAACUCACCAACAUCAAUGUCAGCCUGGCCUCAAUGAAGGCAAAGAUUGAGCAGGAACUCUCCGUAAUUGCCAGUGACUAUGAAGAAGUAACCCGGGAGUUGCGCGUCAGUGACGAGCGCUACCAGAAAGUUCAGGUAGAGCUUAAGCAUACAGUGGAACUUCUGCAUGAAGAACAGGAACGCGUUGUCAAGAUUGAGGCUAUCAAGAAGUCCCUUGAAGUGGAGAUUAAGAACCUCUCAGUGCGCCUGGAAGAAGUAGAAACGAACGCUAUUGUUGGCAGCAAGAGAAUUAUUAGCAAAUUGGAGGCACGCAUUCGCGAUUUGGAACUUGAACUUGAGGAAGAGAAGCGACGACAUGCCGAAACCAUUAAGAUUCUGAGGAAGAAGGAACGCACAGUGAAGGAAGUGAUGAUUCAGUGCGAAGAAGACCAGAAGAACGUACUCAUCCUUCAGGAAACCCUCGAAAAGGCCAACUCCAAAAUUGCCGUCUACAAGCGUCAACUCAACGAACAGGAGGGUCUCUCCCAACAGUCCGUCACACGUGUACGUCGCUUCCAGCGCGAACUGGAGGCUGCUGAGGAUCGUGCCGAUACAGCUGAGACCAACUUGAACCUGAUCCGUGCUAAGCACCGCACCUUCGUCACAACAUCCUCUGUGCCCGGAUCCCAGGUCUACCUUGUCCAGGAGACCAGGACAACCACCACCGACUAAGCGACAACUUUAUUAUUUUUUUUUGACAGCGCACAUUGACUACAAAAUCUUUUUCUUUAGUUGUCAUCCUGUUAUCUAUAAAACAAAAAUUUCUUCUUAUUUUUUUCUUGACUUUGCGAGAGAGAGAACAAACAAAUAAUAAAAAAAAUUGCACAACAUUCCCGGCCAACGCAAAGCAGCAACAGCGCAAAAUUAAGGAGAGCUGUGAGAUAAAUUCAUCUCGAAAAAUUUUUUUUUGUUCAUCAGCUAUUUAAAAAAAAAUGGCGCAACCUGCCGGGAUAGUCUUACAACAGCAACAAAGAGAGAACAUUUAAAGAAAAACACAAAAAUAUCAGAAAAGGGAAAUCAUUUUAUAAAAGAGAGAAAAGAAAUUAUGAUAUUUAAAUAAAAACGAUAUUUUAAAAAAGAAAA